AUGGCUCGUACUAACUUUGUGGGGAUGGUUAUCAGCCAGGGUAAAAUGCAGAAGACUGUUAAGGUGCGCGUGGAGAGGAAAGUGUACAAUAAGAAGAUUAACAAAGAGAUGUUCCAUCGGAAAGACUUUCUAGUGCAUGAUGAGGGAGAAGUUUCAAGAGAGGGUGACUUGGUCCGUAUAGAAUCAACAAGACCAAUUUCUAAGCGUAAGAGCUUUUCAGUUGCAGAAAUCUUGAGAAACAAAGGUCAGCAAUUUGCAAUGUUCGAGGCACAGUCGAAGAAGAUCGUUGCUCAGGAAGAGAGAGUAAAAGCUGAAGAAUUUAUUAAUAGAAGGGUUACGAAACAAAAAAAUGAUAGCAUUUUACUUAACGACCUUGUAAAGUUACAACAAGCGCAUGCAGAGAAUAAAAUCGAUAGCGAAGAAGUUCGCGAGAUCCGUGAGCGCUACGGAAUCCAGGAAUUCACUCCAGAAAGUCUAAAGAGCAUUUUACAGCUAGACCUGAAGUCUUUGGAAGAAGAUUUAACUCGCCAGCGGAGUUCAAUUGAAGCUGUCGCUAAUGAACUUCAAGGACUAAUGGCCGACGAAGCACGUGCGGAUGAAUAUCUUGCAUCUAAAGGCAUAGAGAACGCGGCUGAAAUGAAGAAACAUACCAAGAAGAAUAUCUUGAGAAAGCAUCUUCUAAGGGAAAAGAACCUGUAA